GACACCAGUAUGCUGCGCGCCGCUUGUGCGCUCCGCGCUGCGCCGCGAGCCUGCGCAGGCAGCCUGCACCGAGCGCCGCUAGCUGUGGCGCGAGCCUCCUGCCCGGCCGGCUCGCGCGGCUCGCUGCUGCGGCCGGCCGCCCGCCAGCUGAGCACGGCGGCGGCCGAAGAGGCGGGCCUGCUUGCGCGCGGCCAGUUUGACGCCGGCUUCUUCCAGGGGACCGCACUCUUCGCGGGCGUCGUCCUCGGCGCCAUGGCCGCGUCGGAUGAGCAGCGCGCCUCCGCCAUCAACGGGCUGCUGGCCGGCUUCCGCUCGCUCGGCGUGAGCGAUCGGAUCAGCGACCGGCAGCUGAUCGAGGACUUCCUGCGCAAGAACGUGGCGGCGGCGGCGAACGUGGUGAUGGCGUCGCCCGUCUUUUACUUUCUCUUUGCGGGCAUCACGGGCGAGUCGGUCGUGGUCUCGUCGCUGCGCGCCAUCACCGGCACGAUGCGGAUCGUCCCGUUCAUGGGCGCCUUCUACGGCCUGUUUGCGGUCUGCUCGCCCUUCCUCGUCGACUUCUUCAUGGCGCGCGGGCAAGGGUACGAAGAGGCGACCGGCACCGCAGGCCUCGCGAUGAUCCUCUCCGGCUUCGUCGCUAUCGAGGCGGUCGUCGAGUUGCGCGGAUGCGGCGUCCUCUUCUCGCAGAUGACGGCCGCCUCGUUUGCAAUUUUCAUCCCCGCCCUGAUCGGCCGGCUCGCGUGCGGCGUGCUGCUGCAGCAGCAGAAGACAGGCUCUAGCGAGGAGGCGUCGCUGCUCCCGGCGUCGUGGCAGGAAGGGCCGACCUGGCAGGCGCAUACGUACAUGCUCUUUGACCAGCUCCACAUCGGACAGGACUUUGCCGUCACCACGUGCGGUACGACUGUCUUCCAGUACAUCCUCAACGCGGUGACCUUCGUCCUCCUGACCAAGGGCCGCGCCUCCUCCCUCGGGGACAUGGCGCGCUUCAUGGUCGGCGGCAUGGGCGGCACGCUCGGCUCGGGGAUGGCCCAGUUCGGCAAGACGCUCUUCAUGAGAACCGGGUUCGGGUUCGCGUGGAACCUCGCCUCCUCGCAGCCGGUCCAGAUGCCCGCCUUCGACGCCGCCCUCGCGCGUUGCCCCGCCUGAGACCCGCCUGAGACCGCCCACCGCCUCAGCCACCACCCCUCUGCCGCUGAGCGCCCUCCCUCCCCGUCCGCCGGGAGCGUGUUCGAGGCCACAGCGGCAUCUUUGGAGAGAGGGGGGGAGGGUGUCCCACAGCCCCGGACCAUCGGAGAGCGUGCCGAGACCGCGUGCGUUGCGGAGCACUCUGCACGUGCUGGCGCCCCGCGGCCCGCGCCGCAGGCGCAGCGCCCGGCGCAAGCGCGUGUGAGUCUGUGUUUUGUUCGUGGCCUCCGCAGGCCAGGGAUUCUACUGUAUUUUAUUACGAGUACACCAGGU